CGAGCACCGAUCACAGCGGAGCGAAGGUUUUCUCUCUCCACCCUCUGUUGUUGCUACUGUUACAGCAAGUUUUUCCAGCACCGCCGCGCUUCCUCCUCACGGACUACUACAGCGAAAGGAGGAAUGAGAAUGAGGGAAAUGGAGGGGGCGUGGAAGGUUGGGUGUGCUGGACCGCUGGGGCUAGACUAGUGCUCGGAGCCAUCUUGUGAGGGAACACCAGUACCUCCUUCACCUCUUGCUGCCAUGUCUCCUAUCACUCCUCUCCUUCCGCUACACGUGCUGCUACAUCUGCUGCUGCUGUUGCUUCUUCCUGGGGAUGGUGUGGAUGGAAGCUUAAUCAGCAAUCGUGGUCUGCGGAGUCAAGAACCACAGAUGUUUGCCGAGAGGAGUCAUACAGAAUCCCAGAUCCGAAAGGCGUUGCCACAGGACUUCCUCUCCUCCUACGGUAGGAAGUGGCUGAGACUGCUAGAGACUUCGGCACCACGUUCAUCUCAGUUCGUCAGAGAAUUUGGACUCUUCCCAUCUCAACUUUUCUUGACUUGGCUCGCUGACGAAAGAAAUUGGGGAAACUUCGACUCUUCGGCUGUGACAAGUCGCAGCAGAACAGAAGUUUCCAGGCAGUCCCAAUACCUUAAUGCCUUCAAUUCAUGGCUCAAACAGUCUAAGUGGAAGAACCCCUUCUUAUCAGCAGUAACAAGGAGCAGCAGGAGAGAAGGCUCAAGGAACCUCUUACCAUACUUUUCCUUCGACUCGUGGUUUAGUGUGUUCCAGGAAACCUUCAAGAGAGACAUGAUUUUGAACGUCGGGAAGGUGGGCGGUAUCAUUCUUCUAUACUAUCUGGCUCCUGACCUCCUGAGCUGGAUCAACAACACAUUUGGACAAGGAUGAGAAUUAUGAUAAAUGUCUCUCGAACAUUUCUCAUUUACGAUAACCUCUCUCAGCAUGUUGUCAUUGGUGUACUGUGUGAAGGAAGUAAAAUGGUGCCAAUUGUAAUGCGUCUUUACAGUGGAUGCUUACACGUAUGACAGUACUCUGAAGGUAAACUAAAGUAAAUACAAAUUAUGAAAAUAACAAUAAUUCACAGAUUAGAAUAUAAAUAAAAAACGCGGAAAUACAGAUAAAUAACCGAGGAAAGAAUAAAACAAAAAAUAAUAUUUAAUAAAUGAAGAACUGGGGGAUAAUGAAGUAUAUAAGUAAAUAAUACGAAUAAUGCAUAAGAAAUGAAGAACUAGGAGUAAAGAUAUAUAAGGGAUAAAAGUCUAUAAAUGAGAGACUAUAGUGUAGAUACGUAAAUCAAAAUGUGAAUAACUAGAAUUGAAGAACUGAAUAAGAAAUUUGGAAUGGUGAACAAUAAAAAACAAAGAAAACACAAUAAAUAGUAAUAAACAACAAAAAUUGAAGAAAUACCUGUAUGGGAAGAUUUAGAAAUAGAUACACAGAAAUAGGCAACUUGAAGAACUAACACUAGAAACAAGGAAAACAAAAAUAGAUAAUGAAAUGUAAAUAAACAGGAAAUGGAUAGACAGGCACAGAUAGAAAGAAAUAGACAGAGAAAUAAAAAAUAUAUAAAUUGAUAGACAGAAAUAGACAAAUGGAAUAUAUAAAUAGAUAGAAAUAAAUAAAGAGAAAUAGUUAACAACGAUAAGUAUAAAUAUAAAGCUGAGGUGACCGAAAGGGAGUUAUUAACAGGAUUGUCUAAUAAUUGUAAUUUAUCGUUGGUUGUAAGUAAACAGUUUUGGUUAUUAAUUUCAAAACUAAACAACAAAUAACCAUAUAUAUAUAUAAAUAUUGAAAAAAAUAA